AUGGCGGCGAAAGAGGGGAAGUCAAAUAAAUUGAGCUUCCAGCUCAAGACGCCGAAGGGCACGAGAGACUGGAUGGGCACUGAUAUGAUCCUCCGUGAACAGAUCUUCAGCGCCAUCACCGAAGUCUUUAAGCGCCACGGCGGAACUCAGCUCGAUACCCCAGUCUUUGAACUCAAGGAAAUCCUCGCCGGCAAAUACGGCGAGGACUCUCGUCUUAUCUAUGACCUCGCCGACCAGGGCGGAGAGGACUGUGCCCUUCGAUAUGACCUGACGGUCCCGUUUGCCCGGUGGCUGGCUAUGAACACGACCGUCCAGCACAUCAAGCGUUUUCACAUUGCCAAGGUGUACCGACGAGAUCAGCCGGCUGUUGCCAAGGGCCGGAUGCGAGAGUUCUACCAAUGCGAUUUCGAUAUUGCCGGUACAUACGAUGCGAUGAUUCCCGAUGCGGAGGUCCUGCGGAUAGUGGUGGAGGUGUUUGAGGCGCUGAAAAUGCGUGACUAUAUUACGAUUAAGCUCAACCACCGGAAGAUCCUGGAUGGAUUGUUCGCGGCAUGCGGCGUCCCUGAGGAUAAGAUUCGAUCAAUAAGUUCUGCGGUGGACAAGCUUGAUAAGCUCCCUUGGGACCAAGUCAAGCUCGAAAUGGAAGAAAAAGGACUCGAGUCUGAGGUCGCUGAUAAAGUUGGAGAAUACGUGAAGCUCAGCGGUGGCCGUGAGAUUCUGGAGACCAUCAAAGCCGACGAGCUGCUCUCCGCCAACGAGCACAUUCAGAAGGGUAUCGCGGAUAUGGAGCUCCUCUUCAACUAUCUCGAGGCAUAUGAGGUACUAGACAAGGUUUCCUUUGAUCUUUCCCUCGCCCGUGGUCUGGAUUACUACACAGGUCUCAUCUACGAAGUCGUUACACCCCUCUCUACCCCCGAGGGAUUCGCCCAGUCUCAGGAUAAGAAGAAGUCCAAGUCGAACAAGUCCGACGAUCCCAACGUCGGAGUCGGCAGUAUCGCUGCAGGUGGGCGCUAUGAUGACUUGGUCAACAUGUUCGCCAAGAAGCGUCAAAUUCCUUGUGUCGGUAUCUCAUUCGGUGUGGAUCGCAUCUUCACAAUUAUGAAGCAACGGAAUGAGAGGGAGGCUGAAGAAGGCAACUCUACCGUUCGCCCCAGCGAAGUCGACGUCUUCGUCAUGGCAUUCGGGGGAAAGGGAUUCAACGGCCUGCUAGCUGAGCGUAUGUCGGUAGCCAACCAGCUCUGGAACGCAGGCAUCAAGACCGAGUUUGCUCCCUCAGUCAAGCCGAGACUGCCCCAGCAAUUCAAGCUGGCCGAAGCCGGUAAGGUGCCACUCGCAGUGAUUCUCGGAGAGGACGAAUUAGCAGCCGGCAAAGUCAAGCUAAAGGAGCUCGGGCUGCCGGAAGGCCACCCCGAAAAAGAGGGGUACCUUGUGUCGAGGGAUGAUCUCGUCGAGGAGAUCAAGAAGAAGCUAAACAAGACAGCCUUACCACUUCGCUAG